AUGGAGAGCUCUGCAGUUAUGCCAUCAAGCUAUGGUAAAAAAAUAACAGUUUUAAGCAUUGAUGGGGGAGGAAUUAGGGGUAUAAUACCAGCAAUUAUCUUGAGUUUCCUUGAACUCAAGUUACAAGAACUAGAUGGAGAAAAUGCUAGGAUUGCAGAUUAUUUUGAUGUGAUUGCAGGAACUAGCACAGGGGGUCUCAUGACAGCCAUGUUAACAACUCCCGACGACAAUGGGCGUCCUCUUUUUAGGGGAAAAGAUAUUGCUCCAUUCUAUCUCAAACAUGGCCCUAAAAUAUUUCCUCGCACCAACUUCAAGUACCAGAUGACAAUGAAAAUGAAAGCUCUAGUGAGACCUAAAUACGAUGGAAAGUAUCUGAGGAAGAUAAUUUGCAGAGUACUAGGAAGUCGAAGGCUUCACGAGACUUUAACCCGUGUUGUUGUACCAACGUUUGACAUCAAAUUGCUUCAACCCACUGUUUUCACAACCUUUGAGGCAAAGAUAGACCGUUCUAAAGAUGCUUUGCUAUCAGAUAUUUGUAUUGGUACUUCUUCAGCUCCGACUUAUUUUCCACCUUAUACAUUUAAAACCAAAGACUCAGAAGGAAAUGAUAGGGAAUUUCACCUUGUUGAUGGAGGGAUAGCAGCAAAUAACCCUGCACUGCUCGCAUUGAUGCCAACAGGACCAGCUUUUCCAAGUGAUGAAGAAAUUUCGCUGGGACGAGCCCUUAACUAUGAGAAUUAUUUGAUAAUUUCACUAGGCACAGGAACUAGCAAGAUGGAAAAGAAAUACAAUGCAAAAAUGGCCGCAAAAUGGGGAAUUCUUGGGUGGCUUUACAAUGAAGGAAGUUCUCCAUUAGUGGAUGCAUUCACCUUUGCUGGAGCGGAUAUGGUUGACCUUCACAUGUCAUUCAUUUUCAGGUCUAUUAAAUCUGAGCAAAGCUAUCUUCGUAUCCAGGAUGACAAAUUAAGAGGGGAUGAAUCAUCAACUGAUAAAGCUACAAAAAAAAAAAUGAAGAACCUUGUACAGAUAGGUGAAAGGCUCUUGCAGAAACCUGUUUCAAGGAUGAAUCUUGACAGUGGAAGUUUUGAACCAGUUGACAAUGAAGGAACCAAUGAACAAGCUCUCUCCAGAUUUGCAAAGCUGCUGUCCGAGGAGAGGAAGCUGCGCAGGGCAGAGAUUGCAAAGCAGCUUGACAUAAAGGAAUUCUGCCCCUGA